AUGAUGAAAGGGAACUAUUCGUAUGAACGACAUGGGCCACAAAAUUUUAACAUAAAUAGUUAUGGCUCAAGAAUAAGUAAUAAGAAUAAUAAUAAAACAGAUAAAUAUGAUUAUCCACAUUAUAACGGCAAAUCAAACUAUGGAUAUUAUAGAGAAGGUAACUACUAUUUUAAUGAUGAACCUAAUUAUAAAACAAGAAAUAGAAUAAAUGGAUAUGACUAUUCAUAUGAUAAUUAUGGAGAAUAUCAAUACUCUAAAAAUAAUUAUUCAAAAAAUGGAAAUGACAAAAAAUAUUAUAACUAUUAUAAAGAUAAAUAUAAUAAAAAUAAUUCAAACAAUAAUACCCACUUUGAAAAAAUAAAUAAUGACAAUAAUAUGUCAAAUAAACAAAAUAAAAGUAUUGAAAAUAAUUCUACAAAAAUUAAUGAAUUAAUAAAUAAUAUAUAUUAUAAGACUUCUUAUUAUUUAAAAAAAAAUCGAAAAUAUUUAAAUAAAAUACUUCAACAAAAUUAUGAAAUAAAUAUUUACCUUAUAAGACAUAUGGAAGCACAACAUAAUAAAAAAUAUGUUGAAGAUUUAGACACAUCAAGAGAUUUGAUAUAUAAACAAUCUGCUUAUUUGGAUAGUACAGCUACUGAAAGGGGAAUAAAAACGUGUGAGGAUGUAAGGAAUUUUCACCUGAACGGUACAGGUGAAAGUGGGUAUAAUAAAAUGCAUGGCAUAUAUUAUAAAGAAAUAAUGCAACUAUACAAUGAUUAUGUUGAAAAGUGUGAUAAAGAAGAAGAAAAUAAGAAGGAAAACAAAAAAGGAGUAUUCGAACGAAACAACGAUUUUGUUAUAAUAUGUUCACCUUUAAGAAGAUGUUUACAAACAAUGAAAUAUUUAUUUAAUUUUAAAAAAAAUAUAGUUAUUUAUGAGCCAAUAAGAGAAGUAUCAGGUAAUUAUGCUAGUGAUCAAAGAUCAAAAGUAUCGGAAGUUAAAAAAUUUUGUGAUAAUAAUUUUGAUGAAUAUGAAUUAAUGUGUUUUGGUGAAGAAGAUAUUAUGAAUGUAGAAAGAUAUAGAGAAUCGGCUUGUCAAAUAUAUUUCCGUUGUUUACAAUUUUUAAAGUUUGCACAUUCGCUAGCUAUUAAUUAUUUUGCAUCUAUAGAACGUGAAAAUGAUUCUAUGGGUUUAGAUGGAAAAGCAUCAAAUUCGAAAAAUCCCCAAGGAAGUAAUAACCAAUCUGAUUUGAAAAAUGACGAAGAAAAUAAUUCAACUAAAAGUUCUGAAAUCAAUGAUAAUAUGAACAACAAAUGUAAUAAUGAAGAUACAUGUACAAAGACAAAUGGAAAAAAUAAAAAAGUUUUUAAUAUAGUUGUUGUAUCACAUAGUUCGUAUUUAUUACAUCUAUUAGCUUUACUUGAUUAUUUAAAUUUAGAUGCUAGAAAUUUUAAUAAUUGCGAUAUUAGGAAAAUAACAAUACCAUUAACCAAUACAUUUUUAUUUUUUAAUAAUAUAAUUAAUUUACAGCUAGCUAAACCAGUGAUAUCAAAUAAUAUGCCUUUAUGUUUUAGGGACAAACAUAAAAAUGUAUUGAAAAAAACAUACAAAGACAAAAAUAUAUACACACUAAAUAACAUAAAUGAUUUAGACGAUAUAAUUUGUGAAAGUCCAUGUACAAUUAUUAUAUAUCAAUAUCAUGAAGUGAUAAAAAAUCAAAAUAACUAUAAAAAGUAUUUAGAAAAAAUUCAAAAUUUUAUAGAUAAUAAUAAUAAGGAGUUUCAGUUAAAAAAAGGAUAUUAUUCCAACGGGAUGUAUAAAAAAUAUGUUUUAAAAAAAGGGAAAAAUGAGGAUAGUAGUGAUAUAUACAAUUUAGGUCGAGAUAUUCUAGUCACUGACGCAAGUGAACAUCUUAGUUUUUCUGAAAGAAAACAAGCAUGGGAACUGAACAAAAAGGGAUUUACAACAGGACAAAAUAUAAUAUUAAUAGUAUUACCUGAUGUUGAUAGUGUUCCAAAAAAAGCUAAUGCACCAAUUAAUAAAUCAAUUGAAAUGGAUCGCGAUACUAAAAUAAAUGAAGACAAUAAUGAAGAUCUCGGGUCUCUAAAAAAUGUUACUAAAAUUAUAGACAAUUAUGAUAGUGUUCAAGACUUAAUAAAAUCAACAGAUUUUUGGAUAUCGAUAAAACAAAAUAUACAUAAUAUAAAUUUAAAUUCAUUUCAUGAGUAUAUAAUUAAAAAAUAUAAUAAAAUAUUAAUGAAAGAAGAUGAAGAUUUUUGCUAUAUCGAUUUAGUAGCAUCACUUGAAAAUAAAAAUUUUAUGAACAAAUAUGGAAGUAUGUUUAAUGGGUAUUUUAAAAAAUUAAAAGAAAAAUAUAAUAAUAAUAGUAUAUCACUAGAUUUAGAAAAAGAGUGUAAACAUAUCAAUGAAAAUUUAGUUAGCAAAAUGUUCCCUCAAGAAUAUGAGACAUUAAAGGAUGGAAAUGAAACUGGGAAAACUUCUACAAAUUCAAACAAUCAUGAUAAAAUGAAUAUUGUAAAAAAAAAAUUUAUUUAUAUACCUAAAAAAUGUAAUGAUAAGAACAGAAUGGGAAACCCCCAAAAUAAUGAAACUUACAAUGUUAGUAAUAAUAUAAUUCCAAAUAAUAAAACAUUUGUUAUGGAAAAUAUAAAAGUUUUAAAAUCUUUUCCUCAAUCUAUUCAAAAUUUAAAUGUAGAGAUGUUUUAUCGUGAUAAAUUUUUUUAUUUUAAUUGUUUACAUAAAUUUAUAAAAAGUAAAAAUAAGAUUGAAGGUUUAGUAUUAGCUAAAUUAUUAGCAUUUCUCGAUUUACUUAAAUCAUUUAAUUUUAAUUCUACUAAUAAAAUGUUUCAAAAACUUACAAAAUUAAAUGAUCUUAUUGAUACAAAUACAAUUGAAGAUUCCUCACAAGUAGUUAAUACAUAUUCAUGUGAUAAAACAGGGGUACCUGUUAAUAAUACAUUAUAUUUUUCAGCAGCAGCCAAGAAAUACAAGGACAUACAGGCACUAAAGGGCCGAAAAAGGGGAGUAGUUGACGAUUUAAAUUAUAUAAGAUAUAACAUGUUGACAAUAUCUGCUGGUGCUGAGAAUGUGUACAUAUUAAAUGUACUUAGUUGA